UAAAUCUCCAUAUUAUAAAUUUCACUUCCUCUUUCCCAAACAAUCCCAAUUUUGAUCGACUUUAGUUUCUAGGGUUUUUACGCAACCAAGGGAUAAUCCCAUUUUUCAUUCACUUUGAUUUUAGAAUUUCAUCCUCCUCGUCUUCUUCGUGACUCUGCGAAAGUUGAACCGCCUAACAUGGAGGACGCUGCUGAUUGGAGAACACAUGUUCAACCUGAUUCUCGACAGAGAAUUGUCACUAAGAUAUUGGAAACACUGGAGAGACAAGUUCCAAUUUCUGGACCAGACGUAUUGGCAGAACUUAAUAAAGUUGCUGUAAGAUUGGAGGACAUAAUAUUCACUAUUGCUACCAGUCAGACGGAUUAUCUUCAAAAAAUAUCUUUGAAGAUGCUGGCAAUGGAGACAAAAUCUCAAACAAAUGAAGUUGCUAAUUCUUUUCCCUUAAAUACUGGUGGUGGUAGCCAAAAUCCUCAAGAUCCAGGUCAGUCACAAAUUCCUUUAGCGAACCAGUAUGAAGCACGGCAGCAGCUAUUAUCCCAGAACAUUCAGAAUAAUAUCGGAAAUUCUGGAAUCCAUGAACCUCUAGCAUUGUCAUCUGCAUUGCCUUCUGGGGCCAGUCUCACUCAGUCCUCGAUGCCCAAUGCUGUUAAUCAGGGAUCCAACAUACAGUCUGGAAUGACACAGAAUUCUUCUGGAAAUCUAGUUGGUCAAGGAGGUGUAGCAUCGAAUAUGUUUGCUAACUUAACAACCCAGAUGCAAGGAUGGCAGCUUCCACAACAGACCGGUUCUCAACAACAGCAGUUUUGGUAUCAGCAACAACAGUUGCAACAACACCUUUUGAAGCUGGACCCUCCUCCUCCUCCGCAGCAGCUACUGGGAAACAUUCCAUUCUCCAUUAUGCAGGCACACAUACAGCAACAACAGCAGCUAACUCGAUUGCAAUCUACUCAACAACCUCAUAUGCAAAUGUCAUCUGGUCUUCAGCCAAGCCCGUCCAUACUUCAACAGACUCAGCACUCUGUGAUGCAAUUGUCUUCAGGUCUUCAACAGAACCUGCAAUCUGCCGCUGCACAGUCCACACCAAAUGGUCUUCAACAACAUCCAUUGAGUGUCCUCAGGCAACCACAUCAACGGUAUCAACAGUUCAUGCAGCAACAAGCUCCAGUUCUGCAUCAGCAACAGCAUUCGGUUUUUCCUUCACAGCAGCAUCCGCAGCAGAAAAUAAAUGCCCCAAACUUGCAACAGCAGCAUUUAGUUGGGCAACAAAAUGUAUCCAAUAUGCUGCAACAACAGCAGCAGCAGCAACAGGGAUCGCUAAACCAACAGAAUAAUAUUGCAAAUAUGCAACAACAUUUGCUUGGAAAAAAUAUCCCUCAUCAGCAGCAGCUAGGUCAACAAAGUAACGUGUCAGGGUUACAGAAGCAGCAACAGCAGCUAAUGCAUACCAUACAUCAGCAAAAGGGAAAGGUGCAACAACAACAAAAUGCACAGGUAUCAACAAAUAUGUUACAAAUCCAAGGGAAACAAGCACAAACUCAACCAGCACAACAACAACUUAUGUCUCAGCAUCCAUCUCAAACAACGCAAAUGCAUCAGCAACUGCGAUUGCAGUACCAGCCAGAUUCAUUACAAAGGAAUAUGCAACAAACGAUUCUGACAUCUGGUGGCUCGAUGCUUAGCCAUCAAAGUUUAUUGGACCAGAAGCAAGUGUUUCAUUCACAAAUACCACCUCCAGAGGCCUCAUCAAUGUCAAUAGAUGCAGCAAUAACCGGAAAUGCAACCACAACAGAAAAUGCUGUCUACGUGCAGGAGGAAGUUUAUCAGACUAUUAGGUCCAUGAGAGAAAAAUACUUACCAGGUCUUAGUGGCAUGCACCAGAAGAUCUCUCAAAAAUGCCAACAGCAUGAUUCUCUUCCACAACCACCAAAGUCUGAACAAAUUGAGAGGCUCAAAAUUUUCAAGGACAUGUUGGACAAGAUGAUGAGGUUCUUGAAUCUUCCUAAAACUAGUGCGAUACCUAGUUUGAAGGAUAAGCUGCCUUUGUAUGAGAAACAAAUCUUGAAUUUCCUGAGCUCGAAUCGUGCAUGGAAUCCUGGUCCACUGCAGCAACAAAUUCAGCCAACUGUUGUCCUUCCGCUCUCUAUACAGCAACAACAGCAGCAGCAGCAACAUCAACAACUGCAGCAGCAGCAACAUCAACAACUGCAGCAGCAGCAGCAGCAGCAACUUCCCUCAACGUCAAUAGAUGCAGCAAUAACAGGGAAUGCAGUCGACCCGCAAGAGGAAGUUUGUCAGACUAUCAAGUCCAUGAGAGAAAAAUACUUGCCGGGUCUUAGUGACAUGCACCAGAAGAUCUCUCAAAAAUGCCAACAGCAUGAUUCUCUUCCACAUCCACCAGAGUCUGAACAACUUGAGAGGCUCAGAACUUACAAGAACAUGUUGGACAGGAUGAUAGGGUUCCUGAACCUUCCCAAAAGUAGUAUGAUACCUAGUUUGAAGGAUAAGCUGUCUUUUUAUGAGAAACAGAUCUUGAAUAUUCUGAACUCGAACCCCCCGAGGAAAUCUGGUGCACUGCAGCAACAAAUUCAGCCAACUGGUGGCCACUCACUCUCUAUACAGCAACAACAACAGCAGCAGCAGCAACGUCAACUGCAACAACAACAGCAGCAACAACAGCAAGAAGAGGAGCAGCCACAACAACAACAACUGCAGCAACAAAACCAGCAGCAGCAACAACAUCAGCAGCAGCAGACACAAUCUCAAAAUCCUCUGCGGCAGCAGUAUGAAAACCAGAUGAACUCCCAUAUGCAACCAACGAUCCUGCAAAAUUCUGUAUUAUCUACGCAACCAACUGCUGUGACAAGCAUGAAUGGUUCCUUGACUCCAAACCAUGUAGGUGUUUCAACGUCACAAUCUAACCUGCUAAAUUCUUUGCAACCUGGCUCUACUAUGAUGUCGGGCCAAGGAAACGGUUCCAGUUCAUUGCAACUGGUUUGUGUGGGUUCCACCCUUCAAUACCAAAGCGCUGGAAAUGCACUCCAACAGGGAAACUUGAACACUAUGUCACAAAAUACUGUUAAUGGAUUACAGAAUAAUGUUAAUUCCCUUCAGAUGAACCCAGACAUGCUUCAACAACAUCCACAUCUGAACCAACAACUUCAGCAACAGCAGCGCCAGAUGCAUAAUCAGGAGCAGCAACAGUUCCAGCAGUUGGUGCACCAGUCUCAAAAGCCACAGCGAUCUGCUCAAUUGCAGGGGCAUCAAAUAUCACAGCUUCAGCAGAUGAGGGAGGAUUUGAAAUUUAGACAGGGAAUGGGUUACAAAGAAGGAAUGUCUGAGCAACACCUUGCUGCUGCUGGCCUUUGGGCACCAUACAACCAUCAAGUAAAGCUUGGUUCUUCAUUUCCUAUAUCUUCCCCUCAAAUGCUUUCAGUGGCAUCCCCACAACUUUCUCAGCAUUCACCACAAAUUGACCAGCAAAGCCUUUCAUCAUUCCUUACAACAACAGGAACACCUCUGCAACCUGCAAACCCACCCUUAAUUGUCCCUUCUCCUUCUACACCCCUGGCUCCUUCUCUAAUACCUGGGGAUCCCGAGAAACAGACUUCUGGUGUUUCCUCUCUGUCAAAUGCAGGAAAUGUUGGGGAGGCACAUAGUACUGCUUCACUUGGUCAAGUGCAAUCUCUUGCUAUCGACACUCCUGGGAUAUCAGCCUCCCCCUUGCUGGCGGAGUUGACUUGCCCAGAUGGUAAUCAGGUCACAUCCUCCACAAUCACUAAGCCAAGUACUACAGAGCAGCCUUUAGAGUGCUUAUUGAAAGAGGUAAAAUCCAUGUCUCCUAAAGCAUUUAGUGCUUCCGCCAGUGACUUUGGGUCAGUCAUUAGUAUGAUCGACAGGAUAGCUGGAUCUGCACCAGGUAUUGGAUCAAAAGCUUCUGUGGGUGAGGAUUUGGUUACUAUGACAGAAUCUCAUAUACAAGCAAGGAAUUUCGUUCAACAAGAUGGAAGCUCAGCAACAAAGAAAAUGAAGCGUCACACAACUGCAGUUCCCUUGAAUGCCAUGUCAUCAGCUGGCAGUGUGAACGAUAGUUUCAAGCAGGUAGUCACUAUUGAAUUGUCUGAUGUUGAGUCAACUGCGACCUCUAGGAUGAAAAAACCUCGAGUUGAGGUAUGACGUUUGACAUGAUAUUCAUCUAAUGGUACAGCCUUAAGAUUGAUGUAAGAGAAACAAUAUGGGAAUCCAUUUUCGUUCCAUUUUUAUAUGAAAGAGGAAGGUACAUCUGCAGUUCCAUUUU